ACGCUUAUGCAUAAUAGAUGCGAAGAGAGAAAUGGCAUCCGAGUCUGAUUCAUUUAAGCCCUUUGAAUUUGAUUCCACUCUGAAAAUAUUAUCAGAUUCUUCCACUUUGAAAGCCGUCCCUUCCAAAUUCAACCUCACCAAUGACCGCAACGCUUUCACUUCUGAUUCACUCCCCACCAUCGAUUUCUCAGCCCUUGUUGGCUGCGAUCCUCAUCAACGCUCCAACGCUGUCCACGACCUCGCCACAGCAUGUCGGGAUUGGGGUUUCUUCAUACUUGUGAAUCAUGGGGUGCCAGAGAGAUUGAUGAGUGAAAUGUUUAGGAAAAUGGUAGAAUUUUUCAAUUUGCCUGAUUCGGAGAAGAAGCAGUAUGAAGCCAAGAGUGCUUCAGAUCCCAUCAAAUGUGGGAAUUUCAACGUCGCCAACACUUCAAACCAAAGCUUUACAUUAUGGAGGGAAUAUCUUAAGCUCUACGUCCAUCCCAACUUCCAUUGUCCUCACCAACCUCAACUCUUGAGGGAUGUGGUGCAGGAAUACACCCAAAUGAUAAGAGUAUUGGUUAGGAAGCUAAUCGAAGCCAUAUGCGAAGCCCUAGAACUGAAUCAACGUCGUUACGUGGAUGAAAUAUUGAAGAUGGAAUCGAGUUUUCAAUUGUUUGCCACAAAUUACUAUCCGCGUUGCCCUCAGCCGGACCAAGCCAUCGGAAUUCCGCCGCAUACGGAUCAUGGUUUGUUCACUUUUCUCAUACAUAACGGUGUUGCCGGUCUUCAAAUUGAGCAUGACGGAAAGUGGUUCAAUGCUGAUUCUCCUAAGAAUGCUAUUUUAGUCAACGCAGCUGACCAACUUGAGAUAUUCACCAAUGGAAGGUGCAAGAGUGUGAAACAUAGAGCGGUGGUGAAUGAGGAGAAAGAUAGAAUCUCGAUCGUGGUGGCGAAUGGUCCCUCAGGGGAGGCGGUGAUCGGACCGGCUGCCGCGCUGGUGGAGAAAGAUAGGCGAGCAAAGUAUUGUGCAAUGAAGUAUGAAGAGUAUGUGGAGUCGCAGCUCACCAAAUCACGUAUCGGUGGGAAAUCCAUUUUGGAACAACAAAUGAUACUCCCUGCCAAUUAAAUUAUAUUACUUGAUUCGUCGAAUAAUUUCAGUUUAAUGUUGAUCUCUAUAUCACCAUUAUACUCGAUUUCUGUUUUGUACUUGAGUUGAUUAUACAUGUGAUAUGUCUUUUCAUUAAUAUCAUAUCCUUUGAGUGA